ACACACGAAGAAGAAGCAGAGUCGCUCACGGUAAUGUCAUGCCUGACUUUAGUGAACGCCGUGUUGUCUUGUUUACACGCUAGUUUGAUGAAAUAACAACAGCGCUUCCUUAACACAACACGUUACCGCCGGGUCUCCGGUAUGAUUGUGCGCCUGAAGAUCCUGCGGUGGAGCGGGAGGACUGUGCGGGAGGCGCUGCUGCAGCGGGAGAAACACACACACAUGCCGGAAGAGAGACUGUCGGAGAAGAAACUGAGCCGGUGUUUUGUGGACCAGCGGCGGGUGCGUCUGCAGGCCGGGUCGGGGGGUAAUGGAGUCUCCAGCUUCCACAGUGAGCCGCGUAAGGAGUGGGGCGGUCCGGACGGAGGGGACGGCGGCUCUGGCGGACACAUUAUCAUCAGAGUGAACCGGCAGGUGAAGUCUCUGUCCAGCGUGUCUACAGUGUAUCGGGGCAGAGACGGAGAGGCAGGAGGCAGCAAAAACUGCUUCGGACGCAACGCCAACCCCACAUACAUCUCUGUUCCAGUGGGUACAGUCGUGAGGGAGCAGGGUGUUGUGCUGGCAGAUCUGUCCCAGCAGGAUCAGCAGGUGACGGUGGCGUACGGCGGGGCGGGGGGGAAGGGGAACCGCAGCUUCCUGACCAAUGAGAAUCGAGCGCCGAUGAGGGCCACUGAGGGACAGCCGGGCCAGCAGAGGGAGAUUCAGCUGGAACUGCGCACCAUGGCACACGCCGCACUGGUUGGCUUUCCUAACGUUGGCAAGUCGUCCUUGUUGCGUGCCAUCUCUAAAGCGCGGCCGGCCGUGGCGGCGUACCCCUUCACCACACUGAACCCUCACGUGGGCAUCGUGGAGUACAGAGACCACACACAGGUGGCAGUGGCUGAUAUUCCCGGACUCAUCCCUGGAGCUCAUCUGAACCGUGGACUGGGUUUGUCUUUCUUACGGCACAUCGAGCGCUGCCGUGUCCUGCUGUAUGUGCUAGAUAUGUCCUCUCCGGAGCCCUGGGAACAGCUUCAGCAGCUGUGUUUUGAGCUGGACCAGUACAGACCUCUGUUUUCACAAAGACCACAUGCUGUCGUAGCCAAUAAAAUGGACCUGCCGGAAUCCAGAGCGAAUCUGGACGCUCUGAGGGAUCGCGUACAUCAGACGGUCAUUCCUGUAUCGGCUUUAACAGGAGGAAACACAGGGGAGCUCAUCCUGCACCUCAGAGAGAUGUACGACAGCUAUCCACAAGCUGAAACCCUGCCCUGAGUCCUCCAGAGUGUGUUCAUGAUAAACUCCACAGACACAGGUACCUCCAGAACUGCAUAAUGCCUUUAUUUAAUAACAGAAGUUACAGCGCAUGUGGAAAAUCAUCAUGUAAAUCAAUACCUUUAUUUACAUUACAGUCUGCUUUCAAAAGACCUUCAGGAUAAAGUUGUGGAAAAGCACAGGUUAGGAGAGGAGAAGGCUACAAAAACAUUUCAUUAUGAUUAGAUUUCAGGCUGUAUGACAAAUGUUGUCGUCAUUUCAAAGGGAUAUGAUGGUUUUCUGUAGGCACUGUACAUAUAAUCUGUUCUGCCGUAAGUCCUACUUGCCGUAUGACUACUUCACGAUCACAUACAUGUAUUACAUGUUUGUUUUUUGCGGUGUAUGUGCAAAGAUAAUCAAGCUAGAGAUGAUAUGAAUCUGAAAAGUCUGAAUAAAAAUCCUCAUGUGUUUUAUUUUGUAGCUUAUGUGUAGACCGUGUGCAGCAAAAGGUGAUAUAUUUAAAAACAAAACAUAUUUGUGGUAUUUUAUUUGUAAAAAAAUUGAUAUUCUACAUUAGAGUAAUUAAUUAUAGGCUGCUAAAGUUAUUCAUUCAUUCAUUUUCUUUUCGGCUUAGUCCCUUUAUUAUUCUAGGGUCGCCACAGCGGAAUGAACCACCAACUUAUCCAACUCAUGUUUUACACAGCGGAUGCCCAUCACUAGGAAACAUCCAUACACACUCAUUCACACUCAUAUGCUACGGCCAAUUUAGUUGAUCAAUUCCCCUAUAGCGCAGUGUUUCCCAACCCUGUUCCUGAAGGCACACCAACAGUACACAUUUUCAAUGUCUCCCUAAUCAAACACACCUGAAUCACCUAAUUAGAACAUAAGAAGAGACUCCAAAACAUGAAGUUAAUUAGUCAGGUAAGGGAGACAUCCAAAAUAUGUACUGUUGGUGUGCCUCCAGGAAAAGGGUUGGGAAACACUGCUAUAGCGCAUGUGUUUGGACUGUGGGGGAAACUGGAGCACCCGGAGGAAACCCACGCCAACACGGGGAGAACAUGCAAACUCCACACAGAAAUGAUCACUGACUCAGCCAAGGCUCGAACCAGUGACCUUCUUGCCAUGAGGGGAUUGUGCUAUCCACUGCGAUAAUAAUUCCAAAAGCCAACUGACUGUAAAGCCACAUAAAACAACACAAAAUACGAUGAAUUUGUCAAGUUCAGCGGCUAAUCAGCCGGAAUCAGCUGAGGUGACGAGACAGCGAGACCUAGCUGUCACUCAAGUGGCCACAAAUUAUGCAGACUUAAUAUAACUUGGUUAAUAUAACUCAUGGAUGAGUUUAAAAACUGUUGUCAUGAAGGGUAAUAUUAGCUAUAUGCACCAAAAUCGUUCUUUGUAGCAGGCUGUAAACAUGUUUUUAUUAGCUGUAAAAUUGGCCAAUUUACCAUGCGGUCAGAAAUCAUCUGGAUCUCCUGGAGCCAGCCCCCAAAGGCGAGUCGAUGAUUUGCAGUUUUAGUUACUUCCAUAUUGGCUUCCUGAGGGAGAGCGGGAGGUUGCCGCUUGGAUGAAGCCCUGGAUUGAGAGUGAUGUGAUAUUCCAUUAAUAUCAGCCUUUUCACCCGUGUGUAUCACUCCGCCUGCAGCGAGUGCCAAGCGGAGGAGUAAACUCACUCUUGUUGAUUAAAUACUGCACCUGUUGGACCACA